AAACAAAAUGCCAAAUAAAUAAAUAAUAAAUUAAAUAUAAAAACCGAUUCCUCAACCGCUUAUCGCCAUCAUAAAGUGCACCGAGAUAAUCUCUAUAAAAAUCGUAAAACUAAUUGAAAAACAAAACGAAUAACUGUUGUCUGAACGCUGUAACUAAUCCCCCUGCUCCCUGCACUCCAACAUGCUGAAUAGCCGGAGCCCCCCUCAGUACAAGCAGCAGGCAAGGGGGGGCUCCGUUAGCUCCGCCAGCUCCACCGGCUCCGUAAACGUCUCUGGCUCUACGACCCCCCUGCUGGGCCAUUAUUCGACAACGUACGGCCAUCAAGGACAUUCACACGCCUGCUAUCAUCACCAGCAGCAGCAGCAGCAGCAACAGCAACAGCAACAACAAGCUAAGCAACAACAGCAGAAACAACAGCAACAUCAUCACGGUGGCCGCACCUCACUAACACCCACAAUGAAGCGGGGCAAGAAGCAGUGGGGCAGCAGGGAGAGAUCCGGCAUGAGUUUCCUCAUUGUCAUUACCUUCUUUGCCGUCUUUGGGCUGAUCAUCCUGACAGAGGUCUUCAUGAUCGACGAGCGCAUGCAUAGCGGCGCACGGCAGGUUGGUGUCGGUGGAGGCGUCAGCCUGGUCGGGCGAAUGGGCGACUCAAUGCCGGAUUAUGAUAAUGUUAAGGAAGACUACGAUCUACUGGAUGACAGCAUUCUGAGUGAUAAUAAGUUAGGUUUUGUACAGCUUCGUGACAAUAAACUCAAAAUUCAAGAAGCCGCAGGCGCCGAUGGUCAACGCUUGGCAGGAAUGAUGCUCAAUGGAGCCAGAGCUGGAGCUGCUGCAGCUGCACACGGCCCUGGACCUGGCGGCGGCACUGGUGUUGGUACAUUUGGUGUGAAUGUACCGCUCAUACCCUGGGGCCAGAUGCUGCCCGAGAAGGUGGAGGAGACGUUGCCCCACUUUCCAUUUGGCACAUUGCCCAGCGACGGUGCCUGGCAAAUUGUCAACGGCACCCGCUUCAAGUUCUUUGUGUACUCCGCCUACUUUGAUCGGCGCGAGGGCGCACGUCUGGUGCGCAUUGUGGGUGCCACCAAGACACGCGGACCAGAACGUGUCUGGUGUCGUUUCUGGUUCGGUCCGCCCCCCGCCAACGGCACCGAGCCAGGGGCAUCCACAGUCCGUGCCAAAUACACCUCAGCCACAGUGAUGGCACGCGUCAAGAUCAUUCGAGAGAACUGGAACCUAAAGUACAGCGCCUGCUUCAUCCUCUGCCCGGUGCGUGCCCCGCCCCUGGAUGUGCCACGGUUUGUCAGCGUUGUGUCGCGACUGCGAGCGCCGCCUGGCAAUCUGCUUACGCUACGCAACACUGAUCAGGAUCGGGACUUUGCACCACAGCAGCGGAAUGCAAGCAGCGGUGGCGACAGCAAAAGGGGCCAAGUGCCGCGAGCGCCGCCCAGCGGCGAUAAUAUACCCGAUCGCAUCGCUGUCUGCGUGAAGCCUUUCCACUUUAACUACGACAAGGCGCUGUAUCUUAUGGAGUACCUGGAGUUCUACGCCCUGCUGGGAGUCUCCCACUUCACCUUUUACAACCACACGCUGGGACCGCACGCCUCCUGCGUGUUGCAGAGCUACCAACAGGGCCUGGUGCCCGGCAACCUGACCGCCUUCGAUCUGGAGCAACUGCAGCCGGUGGACGUGGCGAACAAUGCCACUCCAAAGGUGCUCAAAUCGCUGCACUACCAACGGCCCACGGUCAGCAUUCUGCCAUGGAAUCUACGCAUGCGCAGCCAGAAAGAGAUCCGCACCGAGGGCCUGUUCGCGGCGCUCAACGACUGCCUCUAUCGCACAAUGUACCGAUACAAGUACCUAGCUCUCGUGGAUCUCGAUGAGUUUAUAGUGCCACGCUACUCGGACACGCUCAACGAGCUGAUUGGCUCUCUGAAUCAACGCUUUCGCAAUCGCAAUACUGGGGCUUAUUCCUUCCAAAAUGCGUUCUAUUAUCUGCAGUUUGCGGACGAUGCGCUGGCCAGUUCUGGAAUCGUGGGAGGCGAUGAACAGCAAGCCAAUGUACGGGCAUCGCUGGUAACACAACGCAAGACUCGCAGGCGCUACAAACUGCAUCCACAGAAGCAACGCUCCAAGUACAUCUGCAAGCCAGAUUCCGUGGUCGAGGCUGGUAAUCAUUUCGUGUGGGAGUUCUCACCAGGCAAGGUAUCCCUCAAUGUGCCGCCCAAGGAGGCCAUUUUGCAGCAUUAUCGAGUGUGCGAAUUCGGUGGCAAUGACUGCAUUAAAGCUCCAUCCGUGGUAGAUCGUACGACCUCCAAGUAUGUAAAUCGCUUGGUACAGCGUGUGGACACCGUGUACCGGCAUCUGCGUCAGCGCUGCGAUCUGCCAGCCCUGCCAACGCUGCCUAAUUCUGAACCCAAAGAGGCCGAUUCUCCGCCCGAGAUACAGCCGAAAGAGAAGCCAAAGUUACUGCAUCACAUACGGCAACUGAACGCACAGGACACUCGAGAGACUCGAGUGAGUUCAACAACGAAGACAGUCACAACCAGAGCCUCAACGACAACAACGACAAAAAGAACGACGACAACAACAACAACGACAACGAAGAGAGCGGAAGUGAGGAAAGAGAAAUCGAACCCCGACCCAGUGGCAGUGCCAGUCUCGACGAGCAGCACGACAGGCACCACGGUACCCCCGAAGCAACCGCAGCCCCAGUCAUCCAAUGUGCGCAAGAAACGGAAGCUGAUCGUGUUCGAAGUCAACGACUUUGGGGUACCCGUGGCCAGAGUGGAGUAUCAAUGAGUGCGAGACUUGGCAGGCAACAUUUAGCCACAGUCUACGCUUUCAUUGCUGUGCCAACUAGGUGCAGUCCCUUUAGGUUGUGCCUCAGUGCGGUUGUUCGACUUACAUUUACCCAUUGCCAACAUGCUCAAAAACAAAGAAAAAAACAAAACAAAUGCAGUCUACGCAAUGAUUUGCUCACCUUGAAAAGAAAACAAAA